UAGUGCUGCAGCUGGAGGACAUGCAAAGUUCGCUCGUUGAUCUGAGGACGGAGUGCGACGCAAAGACGCAGUCGCUGGAGUGCGUGUCGAGCGAACUCGUCAAGAUGAAGAUCAGCAGGUCAGAGGUGUGCGAGGAGUCCAAGCACGUCCUCAAUUGGCUACGGCGCUGGAUGCGCGAGCAGAAGCUCAUCGCCACCGAACUCCGGGAAAAGCUCUUGCGUAUCAGCUCUGAAAAGAGGGUGGCGGCGAGCGCUUUGAAAAUACUCAAGAGGACGAACCGAGUCCUUGCCAAGAGGCUCAAGUUCAUUCGCUGCAGACCACCGGUUGUCAGGCAGACCGUUUAUUAUUCGUCGCCCGCGAGUUUGGCCGCGAAAUCUCCGGUCAGACAGAGGAACGGCUUUCACUUGUACUCCCAGCCAAAGGAGACGUCGAAUGGCACUUACUCUUAUUUCAGAAGGGAGUACAGGGAAGACCCGGUAAACAAUAUCGCUGGACAGGGGGAUUGCACGUGGUUCGGUACUAUGGAGCACUUGGCUAAAGAAGUGCCGAGAACACCCCAAAUCAACGAGAGUACUUUGAGCGAUCAACGGGUGUCGGACAAAGACUACGGGUAUCAGACGUCCGGUAGUAAAUAG